GAACAUAUGUUGUUAUCAAGGAAAAUGCAUGAAUUUAUAACAUUCUGAGAAAGAAAUGGAAAUUAAUGACUCCUUGAAACAUUAAUGGCCUACAGUACCGUUUGGCUAAGGAAGAGGAAUAGUGUAAUAUUCUUGGUUCUGUUGUGUUUUAAACAGGUGUGUAUUUUCAUAGGGAUUUAUUUAUUUAUUUAUUUUUAGUGUUUGGACAAUUUGGUUCCUUCAUUAGAGAUUAGUUGCCUCAGGUCAUUACAACAUUCAAAUUACAACUCUUAGCAACAGGCUUAAUUCCUUACAGCAGACAUUUGCAGAGAUAAUAAAAAUAUUUUUUGAAUGAUCACUUUUGAAUGAUCUCCUGUUUCAUGAUGUCAGUGAGAGAAAAGCUAUUUUCUUACUUACACAUAUCAAAGUUAUGUCUCUGUUAAAACUGUAAGCUUAAGGAGGGCAGAGGGGAGUGCUUUGAAAAGGAACAAUAUGAGAAAGUGAAACCAUGUAGGCUGCCAUGAAGUUCAACAGGAUUUGGAUUUUAUGGCUUAUUGGACUGUCUCUUUAUAGUCCGUGUACCCUUAUCUACUGCUCUUUUUCAUUCCCUCCUUUGUUGUAAAUUGCUUUUGUCUGAGCCAGUUGAACCUGUUGCAUAGUGUUAUCAAUUUUAGACUGUUUAAUACAUCAUCAAUCUUACCCUUUUGAUUAUGUAAAUCAAACCUUUUAACAUAGUGAAACCAUAAAUAAUAGAUCCUAUUUUGAAAUAAGAUAUUAAUUAACAAAAUGUAGUUGUACUUCAAGUUCUAAAUGAAUACUAGCAAAUUACAAAGCAGUUCUAAAAAUACUUUCUGUCUUUCUAGGUCUAAAUGUGGUAUCCAUUUUUAAAUCUAAAACUAUUUAGUACUGUCUUCUUCAAAUGCUAACAUCCUCAUCAUUAGUUUAAUUGCCUCAUCUCUCUCCUUGGUUGUCCUCCCUUUUGUGUAAUUUUGCAAUUUUCAGAUCUUCAGAGUUACUAUUGUGUUACCUGCUACUGGCGGACUUCAGCACAUGUAGCUAUAGUUUUGCACAGGUGGGUUAGACACGAUUCCGUUGUCAUUUUGGACUGUCAUUUGGGCUGCCAUUUUGUAGCUUUCUGAUAAAGUAGCAUGUUUUUUGUUCUCUUAAUUAAUCUUUCCUAUUAUUUGGCUGUAUUGCAGGCUCUAAAAUAACUUGAAUUCUGCUUGUAUCAUGUGUGCAGGGCAAAGUUUUAUAUUAUUACAUAAGGUCAGAGUUGAUUGCUGUAUCUUGCAUAGCUGUGUUCGCACAACUCAACCAUAUAUUAAUAAAGAUACAGAAAGUGUCUUUGAACCUGGGAACAACUGAAAUGCUGACUAGUUGUUACUGAGAAUGCCUUUCAAAGAAACUUUUAAAGUGACUAUUUUUGGGUCUUUCUAGGAUUUUUUUGAAGAGGUAGAAGAUCUAAAGCAUGCUGUACAGGAAUCUGUGAAACUGAAUAAUCAGUAUGAAAAGUGCUUGAAACAAAUAAGUGUGAUGUAUGGACUUCCUUUUACAACACAUUUGUAACUACUGAUUAAUGGGAUUCUGUACUGAUAUGAAGCCCAACAUGAUCCUUCGACUAACCCCUAACGUUUUCACCUGAGAGGAGAACUGAGCCGUUGGGAAAGAGUCUUAUGCCAGUACUGCAAUGCUGAGUUCUAGCUCAACCACUGUGAAGAAUCUUCUUUUAAAGAAGAGGCUCUGUUUCCUGCUGAAACUUGUGUGCUGUAUCAGCUCAGUGUUAAUUUUUUGUGAAUUUUUAAUUUAUUAUGUGGUUAUUUUUCAAUGCCGAUGGCCGGAAGUGAAAGGUGGAGCUCAUAUGAGUAGAAAAGAGACUUCAGCUUCAGUCCUAAAGGCCAUAAUUUUAGCUGAUACUCACCUACUUGGUGAAAUCAAAGGGCAUUGGCUGGAUAAACUGAGAAGGGAAUGGCAAAUGGAGAGGUCUUUCCAAACUGCCUUAUGGUUACUGCAGCCAGAUAUUGUUUUUAUUCUGGGAGAUGUCUUCGAUGAAGGAAAAUGGAGCUUACCUCAGGCAUGGGCAGAUGAUGUCAGGAGAUUUCAGAAAAUGUUUAAGGUCCCAGCUUCUACUGAGCUGGUGGUUGUUGUUGGGAAUCAUGACAUUGGAUUUCAUUACGAAAUGACAACUUACAAGGUAAAGCGGUUUGGAAAGGUUUUCAACUUUACUUCAGGAAAGCUAAUAACUCGAAAGGGAAUAAACUUUGUCCUGGUGAACAGUGUAGCCAUGGAGGGCGAUGGCUGUACUCUCUGCCGUACCACAGAGGCAAAGCUUGUGGCGCUUUCUCACAAACUGAAUUGCUCCCAGCAGAAACCAAGUAAUUCCAACAAAAGAUGCAGUGAUGUGGAAAAGCUUCCAGCUUCAGAACCCAUCCUUCUACAGCAUUACCCUCUCUAUCGGAAAAGUGAUGCUGAAUGCACUGGAGAAGAUUCUGCUUCUCCAGAGGAGAAGAACAUCCCAUUUAAAGAGAAGUAUGAUGUCCUGUCUCAGGAAGCAUCACAAAAGCUGAUAUGGUGGUUUCAUCCCCGUUUGAUUCUCAGUGGCCAUACACACAGUGCCUGUGAAGUGCUGCACACGGGGAAAAUCCCAGAAGUCAGCGUCCCGUCAUUCAGUUGGAGGAAUAGAAACAACCCUAGUUUCAUCAUGGGCAGCAUAACACCGACAGACUUCUCCCUCCAAAAAUGCUUCCUUCCAUAUGAGAGCAGAGUCUUUACUAUAUACUGUGCAGCAGGUGCUCUGCUUGUAAUCCUGAUACUAGCUCAUUUUCAGCUUCUCACUCCACCAUUUUAUUUUGCUCAGCGUUUAAUCAGUAAGCAUAAAGCAGUAUGAAGAGCCAGACAUCUGCAUUCAGUCACUGAAAUACCAAAGCUGAGAACAGUCAAACAUCAGACUAUAUUCAUGCCAGCAAAUGACCUAAUUUGAUUGCUAGUCUGAAGGCAGGUUGCAUUUACACAUACCAUAGAAGUCCUAUACAGCUGAUAUGACUACUACAGGAUAAAUAAUUAACUGAAAUGAGCGUUUCAUGCUGUACAAAAAUACUGUAUUCGACAAUCAAAUGAGUCCUUUUCCUGCUAUAAUUUUUGUAUCAAAUAUGUAUAUUAAAAGUGUAACUGUACAUUAUG